GUAAUGUGUGCCACAGCUCCCUGCCGCCGCUGGCUCGUCCCACACUGGGCAGAACCCAGCCCGCCCCCGACCCCAAAGCCCUCCUGCCCUUCCAUCUGCUUCCUGGACUCACUGACGUGGAUCUCAUCCACAAGGCUCUGCUCGGCCCAGCCUUCAGGUUAGCUUCACCCCUGAAGAGGAAGCCCAGCUCCUGCGGCGUCUGUCGACUGAGAUUCAACUCUGAGGCUCAGGCCUCUUCCCAUUACAGCGGCACAAGGCACGCCAAGAGGCUCAAAGCUCUGGACGCCCCAGAUUCAAAGAUCAAGACCCCUGAACCGGUCGCCAAGGAAACCACAUCGCAAAUCCUGUCGUCACCCUGCUCACUGCCCUCCAGCUCCGACACAACAUCAGAAGCUCCAAACCCGUCUUCGGAGGUGGCAUCGAUAAACAGUGGCUUCUCCGAAACACUGAGAGAAUCCUCAAAUCCGUCCUUGUCGCCCAGUCCAAGGACCACAGAAAAAGAGUCGCCAAAGGAAUCAGAAGGAGAGACGCCAGAGGAGGAGACGGAGGAAGAGAAAGCAAAACGUCUCCUCUACUGUUCCCUCUGUAAGGUGGCGGUCAACUCGGCCUCUCAGCUUCAGGCUCAUAGCAGCGGUACCAAACACAAGACGAUGCUCGAGGCCAGAAGUGGGGACGGAGCCAUCAAAUCGUUCCCAAGGGCGGGAGUGAAAUCCAAGAUGGCUGCUCCGUCAGAGUCAUCAACUGGACUCCAGAAUAAAACUUUCCACUGCGAGAUCUGUGAUGUGCACGUUAACUCUGAGACGCAGCUCAAACAGCACAUCAGCAGCAGGAGGCACAAGGACCGAGCUGCAGGUAAACCGGCCAAGCCUAAGUUCAGCCCCUACACUCCCACCCUGCGCCACCGAGGCCUCCAGGCUAUUCUAACUCUACAAAAGAACCAGGUCCAAAGCAAAUCUCUGGCUUCCUGUCUCCUGCAGCGUCAGCUCUCCAUCGCCACCGCCCUGGCACCAUUACCCCCAUUCCCUCUCCAGCCUGCCUCAAACUCAGGCCCCGCCCUCUUUCACGGUCAGCCCCUCCCCCAGACGCUGCUUCACCAGACACCUGGACCCAUCUGUCCACCACACACGUCAGUUCUGUUCUCCCCUUACUGACCAAGAAAGAUCCAAGCAUCAGACGCAAAGAGGACGAGAUGUACACCAGAACUCGGCUGCAGCACGAACCAGCAGAGGAAAACUAGCAGGGGUCAACAGGUCACCGGUGUUUUCAGACGGGCGCAUGCACAGAUGUAGCUGUCAGAGCUGAGAUCUAGCACACUUGCAGAAUGGCGUAUGUCUGUGACAACUAUUGCUGUGUCUGUUUUCCUUUAUUUCUUUUAUCUCCCUUUUUCCCAGGAAUGCAAAUACAAUGGUCUGCAAACAUUUUGGCAAUUGGAUCAAAAUCUGUGUCAAAGCCAAGAAACGGCUCUGGCUUUAAUAUAAAGAAAACUACUAUUUUAAGCAGUUUUACCUUUAUCAUGGCUUAAAAUACACUGUAAAAAAAGAAUUCCCUGAGAAGGCUUUCUUUGGUUUCAUUUGGCUGAAUCACGUUUGAGAAAAUGUGACAUUUUAUUUCACAUUUUGAACUUUUAAAGAUCAAAAAUGCUUAUUUUAUGAUUGUGUUUGAGAUCCUUUCUGUCUGAAAUAGCAGAGGAGGAAGUGAAAUUUUAAAAAUAAAGCAGGAGGAUUUGGUUUUAAA